CCCUGAUCUUUGGAAUUCCAAUGGGCAGUAAUGCUUGUACUAUCAUCGCUGUCAUCUGGGCUAUGAAGUUUCUGUCUGGCACAGUUCCUGUCCCUUCUCCUCACAAUAUUUUAUCAACUGUGGCUGCAUUUGCCAAUUCAAUGAGAGAAGGAAACAUUCUUUACAACAAUUUGAAUCUACCAGUAAACCAGCCAAACUUAAAUGUCCAGGAGGCCCUAGCAACAAGAUAUGAUAAGUUUGGACUGACAAUGAUAGAAGAUAGUGCAGUUUUCUCUCCAGCCUGUCUCAAAGACAAACUGAUACUCAUGACAAUCUCAUCUGGCAAUAAAUGUGCUAUUAUUAUUGCACCACCAGAUAAGUCAAUGCUGUUAUGUUUUAGCAGCAGGGAACAGAAAGUUUCAUUGUUUGAAAGCCAUUCUCAUGGUAACCAAGGAGGAUUGUUGGCCAUAGCAAGCUAUGAACAAAUAGACAGCUUUGUUCUCUUCCUUGAAUAUAUGUGUUUGUGUGACUGGGUAAGCAGCAUAUCAGGGGCCAAUAUUAGUGUAGUACAGUAAAAACCUGUAUAAGAACCUACUUUUUUACGGUUAGCCUCAACAUUUACAAUUUCUUAUAUGCAUACAUUUACUGCAAGGUUCUAAUAAAAUGGUCCUUAAAAUGGCUAAUCUUAGCCUAGCAUGUUCUUAAUUUUUAGGUUCUUAUAUGCCGGUUUUUAGUGUAGCUGUGAAUAGCUAAUUUUGU